AGCCAUGUUUGGUGACGAGAAAAUGGCGGUGGCCUGCCUUGGUGGUGGCCAGUCAGACGGACUGGGAACCAAUUUUGAAGCUACACGAUAAUUGAAACAAAUUUAUUGUUCGAGAAAAGUCGUGUUUAUGUGGCAAACCCUAAACUUUAUUACAGAAGUAGAUCUACCUAAUUGAACUUUCACGAACUGCUUCAGUUGACUUAUAAUUUGCACCUAGAAUUAGCACAUGAGACAGCUCAGAUCAGUGAGUAAAAGAAUUAACAAUUAUCCAAGAUCUCAAGUUUUUUAAUGUACAAAUCUAUAAAACAUCAGUUUUUUAAUUUUUCUCCUUUUUUAUGCCAUAACCAUGAUGUUCUUCUUCACUUAUAAUCUCUCUCCCCCCUCUCUCUCGCAAGAAGAAGAGCAUGGCCUCAGCAUCACACAGUAGAAAUCACAUCUUCAAGAAGGAGAGAUUAAAGAAUCUGUUUAACGCAGCUUCGGUAUUGUUCUAUACUGUAUUUUUCACCGUACUUUUCAGUUUCUAUCUCCUUUACCAUCCAAGAAGUACCGUCAACUACACAACAAAUAUCAAUCAAGAAUACAAUCAAACCACCGUCUUCACCCAGCCUUAUAAAAAUGAUAGCAGAAGCUGUAACUUGUUUAAGGGUCAGUGGAUUUUAGACGAGAGAGGUUCUUUGUACACGAAUUUUAGCUGUAAAACGAUUCCUUACAAAAGAAACUGUUUUCUCAACGGAAGGGAGGAUAGAGAUUUUCUGCACUGGAGAUGGAAACCAGACCAAUGUGAACUUCCUCGUUUCAGCCCGGAAACUUUUCUUAGUACUCUUCGUGGGAAGAAAAUGGCUUUCAUCGGUGAUUCAAUAGGCCGGAAUCAGAUGGAAUCCCUUUUAUGUCUCCUGUCAACGGUAGAAACUCCAAAAGAAGUUUACAAGGAUGCUGAAGAUCUAUUCAGGACAUGGGAAUUUUCGAAGCAUAACUUUACUCUCAUGGCCUUUUGGUCUCAAUUCUUAGUUACCGCAACUGAAAGAGUAUUCAACGGUUCAGCCACCGGAGGUUUUGAUUUGCAACUCGACAAGGUUGAUCAAAAUUGGUCCAAAAAACUACAUCUGAUGGAUUAUGUAAUUUUCUCGGACGCCCACUGGUUCUUCAGGCAAAACUAUUUAUACGAGAGCAACAAUCUUAUAGGCUGCGUAUACUGUCAGGCACCAAAUGUGACAGAUCUCGGGCCAAGUUUCGCCAUUAAAAGUGCAUUCCAAGCUGCAUUUAAGGAAAUCAAUAUGUGCAAGAAUUGUAAAAAAAUAUUUGCAUUUUUGAGGACAUUUUCACCUUCUCAUUUCGAGAAUGGUACAUGGAAUACAGGAGGCGGUUGCAAUAGAACUCGACCGAUAGUGAGAGAAGAAGUUGUCGGGCGGGAUUCGGAUUGGGAAUUCAAGAACAUUCAAGUUGAACAAAUUGAAAUGGCAAGAAAAAUAGGAGAGUAUAAAGGGAAUAGGUUUGAAAUUCUUGAUAUUACAGAAAUUAUGGUGAUCAGACCCGAUGGGCACCCUGGAUUAUACUGGGGGAACCCAUGGAUGAAGGGUUAUAGUGACUGCAUCCACUGGUGCUUGCCUGGCCCCAUUGAUACAUGGAAUGAGCUGUUGUUGGAGAUGAUCAAGAGAUAAAAAUUUUACCUGCAUUGAAAUUGUAAAUUUGUAUUUGUAUAAGAUCUAUCUCUCGUCCUUAUUUUUAUUAUUAUUUUUUUUUUUUUUCGCAUAGAAGGAUAAACAUAUGCAUCUCCUUUCUACUUGAAACUCCAAUACUUUCUAGGCAA